AUGGAAGUUUUUGAGUUCCAUCCCUAUCAGGAUGUGAACCUGAUGCGGUUGGCUUUGGAACCCAAUAAAGAAAAGAACGUGGAUUUAACACGGCUCUUAUUUCAUGUGAGGAACUUUUGGGUAGCAUAUAGCAGAUGGUUGCCUGUGACUGGUUCAAAUAUUAGCAAAGAUUCAACACUUUCAUCGCUUCCUCACUACGUGGGUUGA